UGUUGUUUCAGACUCCAUGACAGAAAGAUGUGUAUUAUAGGACUGAGCAUCCUAAUGGAAUUGCAGAACCGACCGCCUGCAGUGGAUGCUGUGGCUGCCCAGAUUGUCCCUUCAAUCCUCCUCCUCUUCCUGGGUUUAAAACAAGUUUGCGCCUCACGAGAACUCACAGAACAUGAGGAUCAUGCAAAAGAUGAAAAACACGUUGCAGAAGAUAAUGAAGAGAUACCAAGUGAUGAGGAGGAGACAAAUGAAGUGAGCCAGGCAAUGCAGCAGAACCAUGGUGGAGGCGGAGGAGGUGGUGGUGGUGAUGGAGGUGGAGAGGAAGAGGAUGAAGAUGAUGAUGAUGACUGGGAUGAAGAUGCAUUGGAAGAGACUGCUCUUGAAGGGUUCAGCACACCUCUUGACCUUGAAAAUGGUGUUGAUGAAUAUCAGUUUUUUACACAAGCACUUUUAGCGGUGCAGAGCCGAGAUGCAGCCUGGUACCAUUCACUGACAGCACCGUUGAGUGAGGAUCAGAAGAAGCAGCUGCAGGAAAUUUAUACAUUAGCAGAACACCGGCGAAAUGCUGCAGAGACUAAGACAAUAGAACAACAAAGUGGCUACACAUUUGACAACAAAGGACUGAUCACAGCAUUUAACUUUGCUGGAAGUACUCCUGGUGGCAACUGAAGGAUCAACUACAAAGGUUGACGGGAAGGGUCUCACCAUUAUAUUUUCUUGAAAUCAUCAUGACUUCUGAGUGAGAGGGGAGGGUAAUUUAAUGCUGCUGAAGGUUGUCUGGAAAACAGCAGUGUGCUUCCCCAACCAGGAUGCUCUUUCUAACCAGCUACUGUAAUGUACAAAUUCUUGUGGUGUUUUUAUAAUUUGAUGGACUGAAAGGAAACAUUUGUCCUCAAGGAACCUGAAUGACUGGGAGGGGCCAGGCUGCAUCUGAUUGAGUUGCACUUCUCAGGUUUUUGCUGUGCAGAAUUGAUAAGAUUCAUAUGGAUAACAGUGCCUUCUGUUGUACAUGGAUUGCCUGAACAAAUGGAUUUUGGAGUGCAUUAUAAUUUUUUAGGUGUAAGGACAUUUCUUGAAACACUGUAAGCCUUGGUUCCAUAUUUUCCUGUCACCUGCUUUUUACUACUCCGUUUAAUUGUUUGUUGGUUGCAUACACAUUGCUGGAUUCAGAAUAUUAUCUCAUCUUCCCUAUUUGGUGCAGACCAAAGGUGUAGAGGGAGAUGGCUGUUGGAAUUGCAGAGCAUACACUGGUUACGUCAGAGGGUUUUAACAAAAUUGCAGAUUUUCCCUUGA